AUGCCGCAGCCAUUGCCCAGCAAGGAGCAGACGCUCUUCCGCUCGCUUGUCAAAUUCUACGAGGGCAAGCUGUAUAAAAAGGGCCUCAAAGCUGCCGAGCAGAUCUUGAAGAAGUAUCCCACCCAUGGCGACACACAAGCGAUGAAAGCCCUGAUUCUCAACACCCAGGGCCAGGGUGAAGAGGCCUUCGCCCUCUGCAAGGAAGCCCUUCGUAACGACAUGAGGUCGCACAUCUGCUGGCACGUCUACGGCCUGUUGUGGCGGUCGGUCAAGAACUAUCCCGAGGCCAUCAAGUCAUACAAGAUGGCCCUGCGCAUCGAACCGAACUCUUUGAACAUUCUCCGCGAUCUCGCCCUCCUCCAAUGCCAGGUCCGUGACUAUGAAGGAUACAUUGAGAGCCGGCGAAAGAUGAUGCAGGAGAGACCUCAGUUGCGCCAGAACUGGACGGCAUUGGCCGUAGCUUACCACCUGUCAGGAAACUACGCCGAAGCCGAGAAUAUCCUCAAGACGUACGAAGAGACUCUGAAACGACCCCCACCAAAGACUGAUCUCGAACACUCGGAAGCGACGCUCUACAAGAACCAGAUAAUAUACGAGUCUGGUGACGUUGAGCGGGCUCUGAAGCAUCUGGAAGAAGUUGUCAGAGACAGUCUGGAUCGCGGUGCUGCGCUAGAGCUCAAGGCAAAAUACUUGCUUGAACUUGGACGCAAAGAGGAGGCUGAGAAGGCCUACCGAGUGCUGCUGAGCAGGAACAGCGAGUACCGCGCAUAUUUUGACGGUCUAGAGAAGGCCCUUGGUCUGGACCGAUCGAACCCCGCUGAUAUCGGGAAGCUGAACGAGCUGUACAAGUCACUCGCCGACAAGAACGAGCGCAAUGAUGCGGCGAGGCGUAUACCCUUGGAUUUCCUCGAGGGCGAGGCCUUCAAGACACAAGUGGACCAGUACCUCCGGCGCAUGUUGAACAAGGGCGUACCAUCAACGUUCCCAAACAUCAAGGCGCUCUACCGGGACGAGGACAAGAAGGCAGUCAUUGAAGAGCUGGUCCUUGGGUACGCCUCCAACAAGCAGGCUAACGGCGGCGAAAGUAAUGGUGACGUCUCUGCUCGCUUUGAGUCGGCUGUCUUGUACUUCUUGGCCCAACAUUACAACUAUGUCGAAAGUCGUGAUCUGAACAAGGCUAUGGAGUACAUCAAUAAGCUACUUGAGGAAGAUCCGAAGUCGGUCGACUACAACCAGACAAAGGCGCGGAUUCACAAGCACGCAGGCGACGUUCAAAAGGCCUCGGAAACAAUCAACCAUGCACGUGAGCUCGACGAGAGGGAUCGAUACAUCAACACAAAGUGCGCCAAGUACCAGCUACGGAACAACGAGAACGAGAACGCGCUCAAUACGAUGAGCAAAUUCACUCGCAACGAGACUGUGGGUGGACCUCUUGGUGAUCUCCACGAUAUGCAGUGCAUGUGGUAUCUACUUGAAGAUGGCGAGGCAUAUCUACGACAAAAAAAGUACGGUCUCGCACUGAAGCGCUUCACUGCCAUUGCCGAUAUCUUCGAAGUCUGGCACGAGGAUCAGUUUGACUUCCACAGUUUCUCAUUACGAAAAGGACAAAUUCGUGCUUACAUUGAUAUGAUCCGAUGGGAAGACCAUCUCCGCGACCACCCCUUCUAUACUAGGGCAGCCACUCAAGCAGUGAAACUUUACGUUCAGUUGGCCGACAACCCGAAGCUAAAGAGUUCCGACGAACUUGACCUGGAGAAGCUGGAUCCCACGGAGCGCAAGAAGGCUGAGAAGAAGGCCAAGAAAGAGAGGGAAAAGGCUGAGAAAGCCGAAGCCGAAAAGAAGGCGGCAGCAGCAGCAAAGGCAACUGCCAAGGGCGAGGAUGCUGAGACCAAGAAGGAAGACACAGACCCGAACGGCGAGACGUUGCUACAGACGAAGCAACCCCUUGAGGACGCACUACGAUUCCUGCAGCCCAUGCUCGACUUUUCUCCGCUAAACAUGGAGGCCCAAAACGUGGGCUUCGAGGUCUACAUUAGGAGAAACAAAUACCUCUUGGCAUUGAAGUGUCUGCAGGCAGCACAGGAAAUCGACACUGAAAACCCGAAGCUGCAUGAACAGAGCGUCCGCUUCCGUCAAGCUCUAACUAAGCCUGCUGAACCGCUCUCAUCCCAGACAGAGCAGGUAAUCAAAGAAUCCUUCACCACCCCGGCCGCGGACGCCGACCUCAAAGCCUACAACGACGACUUUUUGAAGAAGCACGCGCAGAGCGCUUCACAUCUUCAGUCUGGAUAUAAUGUCCGUUACAUACUCGACAAGGCCUCGAAACCUCAGAACGAGCAGGACCUGCAGAAGACGCUAGAGCUACCGAACAUUACGAUGGAAGAAGCCAAAGCUGGCAUGGCAUUACUUGAUGAGUGGGGGAGCGAACAGAAGAUCAAGGACGACUAUAGGGCGAAGGCUGCUAGUCGAUGGAGCGAGGCUACAGUCUUCAAGGCUUGAACACGACUGCCGAUUGAAGUUGACCCGCCAGAGCCAACUUGACAGUGUGUCAUGAUAAUGUGGCCAUGAGUAACGUAUAUAUGCGGCUACAGCCAUGGUAAAAUAUGCGCAGCAUGUGCAAUUUGAAGGCGUGCAAUUGUCAAGACAAAAGCAAUACAU